GAAAGAAACAACAAGCACCAAGACACCCAACACGCACAACGACCAAGGCCCGCAGAAGGGAGCAAAGACAGAAGCAGGCCAGGAGAUUGUCACGCACACGCUCUUUACUCAUUCUUCCAUCCAUCAUCCAAUCGCAAAAACACAACUAUGGACAAGCAGCGCCUGCCUACUUUAAUUGAAGUCCUCGCGCGUCGUACCCAGGCGCCCGUCGAUCUGUACAGCUUCUACAUCUACAUGCGCGACCAGCAACGCAGUGUCGACUACCUCGAUUGCUUCCUGGACAUCUCGCAGCAUCUUGCGCUCUGUCGUCUCUAUGUGCGUGAAUUGCGCCGAUCUGUUCUGGUGGCCACGCCUGAUGACUUGACACACGGCAUGCAAGACUCUGGUCUGCCACGUAGCCGCUCGCGCUUAUCUGGCAACGAGCUCAUCACGGAGAUGGGAAAUUUCAAUGAGCCUGAAGACCCACAUGUCUCGCCCUGGCUGCGUAGUAACAGUCGCCAGGAAGAGAAAAGGGUGCGCGAUGGCAAGCAGCAUGAAGAAGCGUACGAUGAUUUGGAGGACCGGAGGCACGAUGCCAUGUCAGACUACUCCGAUACGGGCUAUGACUACAAGCAAAACAGAAAUUCCUACUUGUCUGAUGGCAAUUUGGCAGGCGAGUCGCCCAAUCACACCAUCAACCGACGCGAUAUCCGGGCCUCUGCUGAGCGCAUCUUGUAUGCCUACUUGAUUCAAGGCUCCGAGCGAGAGAUUGCCCUGCCGCCGCACAUCACACGUGGGAUUGCUACGGCCAUUGAGGUGGAUGGGCGCGAUGAUCCGGAGGUGUUUGAUGAGGCGCGCGACUACAUUUUCCAGGCCAUGGAGCGUGAGGCCUUUCCUGGAUUCCUACGAUCUAAAGCACUGGGCAACUUGGUGCCGCUGAGUGCUGUGCUACGAUUACUGGUGGGCCUGCUUGCCCUGCUGGGUGGGCUAUGGACGGGCUUCUCCCUUGUGUUUUUGGACUUUAGCCGCGUGACGCGGGUGUGGGUGCUGCUGCCCUUCUUUGUGGGUACGUACUGCUGCCUGGCGUAUCAGUAUGAGUUGGAUGCGAUCUUGGCGAUGCUGGGUGUCUCUGAGUCUACGUUCUGUUCCUUCCUGCGGAUCAAGGAGCCGUAUGUGCGUUCCCUGCUGUUCAAGCGUGCGCUGUGGGUGCUGUUCCUUGCGCUGUUGCUGGCUGGGAUUUUGACGGCGUUGUUUGCUGCUGUGCCGUCUAUCCGGCUGUAGCCCUUUCCCUUUCUCUCUUACUCCCUUCUAUGUCUCUCCUGUAGUCUAUGCCUCUCUCGUGUCUCUGUCUAUA